AUGGCUGAUGUGAAGGAAGGCUUUCUGUGUCCCAUUUGUAUGGAGGAUUUGGGCGACGUGAUCCAGUUGCAAGUGCACUUCGAAGAGAAACAUUCCAAAGAAGAUCCUGUGUUUAUCCAAGGUCUCAAGGACUUAUUCGGCAAGGCCAAGAGGAGAGUGCUCAAUUCUGAAGCCUUCAAAACCAACCUUCCGGAUCUGCAGGCAGAACAAAAGACGUGGGAUUCGCUCAUUGAAGUGCAAUCCUUAGACUCCAACAUUCACCCUGCCUCGGGUCUCCAUUCCUCUCAUUGGGAAGAUCCUGAUCUGAAAAAACUCAAGACCAGUCAUACGAGUGUUUUCUUGGAAGAGAGGCGGAAACGUCAGGGGCGUAACAAACGCACUAAUCAAGUCCUCAUCCGUCUGGAGAAGUUGGUUCGGAAUUAUCCGCAUGAUCCAGCCAAGCGUCGGGUUCAUGAGCAAAAGAUCGUGCCUUGGAUUGACGAGGACAAUGUCAAGUUGUGUCCCAAUUGUGCCAAAAGGUUUAACUUUGCUCGACGCAAACACCAUUGUCGUUUGUGCGGCGGGGUCAUCUGCAAUGAUUGCUCUACACCGACCUCUCUCGACUUGGCCAAGAAAGUCACUCAGCCGAUCGCGGAUGAGGACGAUCAGGCCACUCGGAAUAUUGUGGAGGAUCCAAUGGACUCUGAGCCAAAUGGCAAUUCGUCGUUCAUGGCCAAAUUGGGCAACUUGACUCCGAAUAAGAGAUCGGGCUCGCAAGAAAGUAUCAACUCUAUCAUGUCCAAUGUGCUGGAUCUUAAGGUCAAGGAUGAUCAAUUGCGAACUUGUCUCCUGUGUGCCGAGAUCUUGAGCAACGAGGCUCAACGACUUGACGCCAUCACACAAGAUACGCUCUUGGUUCGAUUGUAUGAACAACUCAAGAACCAUAUGAGAGAGGGGAGUGAGAUCAGUCUGGAGUACUGCCGAAUGGCUCACAGUCUCAACUCUGGGGAGGAGGACUACCAACUCGAUGAAGCCAAAUACUUGAGGGUCAAGGUUCUGAAGAUUGCCGAAAAUAUCGACAUUCUGUCACGCAAGAUUUCAAAGUUGGGCGACACUCAGAAUGAGGAGACCACGACGCAUCGAGCCUCUCCUUUGGAGCUCAAGCUUCAGCAACGGAUUCGUGCCAUGGCCGUGGAUUUCAUCAAGGAUACACUCAUCUCGAAGAUUCCAGUGCUCGUCUCCGAGGAGGAAUACGACAAGAUCAAACGCGAGCGAAAGCAGACUGCAUCCAAGAAGAUUGCCCAAGAACGUGAGGCCGCCAAGACUGCCAAGGCCAAAUUCGAGCAAAAUGAAGCACUCAAGCGAACCAAAUCUAUGUUGACAGCGCCUUUGAUUCGGGACGAGGUCAUGAAUCUGGUCAGAAACUCCAGUACCGCCCCUAGAACCAAACCCAACCCCAAAAGACCCGUGGAGUAUGGCCCGGGCUUCGUUCUCACUUCCUCGCCUAGCCAGAACUUAUCCGCGUCCGAAGAUCCAAUGGUGCAACAAAUUCAAAACCUCAAACACUUCAUCCAAGAGGCCAAAAAGCUGCGCAAGUUGGACGAAGUCCGCUCACUGGAAGAGAGCCUCCGCGACAUCCAAGCCGAAUAUCAACGCAUCCAAGCUGAGCGGGCCGAAUUGGAGGCUAAUUUCACGGACUUUAAGGGCAUCUUUCAUAAGACUUCUCCCUCGAAGGCCUUCACGUCGGAGAGUGUUCAGCCAGAGGAGAGGGACGAAGAACCCUCCGAUCCUUACGAUGCGUCCGGGAAGAAUCCCUUCUUUUAGUCUUCAAUAAAGCCAACCGAAAUAAG